AUGCAUCCGCGUCUGGCCGAACUGUGGCGCCGGAAUGUAUUCAGCAUUGAUCCAGAGGAUGACUAUCGGAUCGUCUGGUUCAGAGACCCAAGGACCGUGUGUGCGCCGGAGCUGUUAUCGCACAUUCCGGCUCAUCUCAGGCUGCCAAGUGUACCGGAGGAGUUGCGCCCGAACUACUGGGCACUGCGGGGGCACCUCAAGGAGAGCCUGUUCGAUAACGUGACCGACUGCGACAUCCACAGUGACUUCGAAUUCGCGGAUCUGUCGGCGACAUGUGACCAGGCUUUCGGUGACGAUCCAUGGGAGGAGCCGGUCCCGCUCACGGACCCGGUCUGGCAGACGCGGUUGGGGAAGAUGCUCUUCGAGUGGAUAAUGUUGACGGAUCGUCGGCUGCACGAGAGGGAGCAGACCGGAGAGUCUGCCUCAGCUGAAGAGCCUGUUGAUACCGCCGGUUCAAGCCUAGUUCUCAAGGAGAGAAAAGCCCAGACUUGA